UUCCUCUGUUAUUGCCGUUUAACUUGUGUCCUUAAACCCUAGAGCCGUCUUUCUCCGAGCCAAUUGUUUUCGCCAUGGUUGCGAAAGAAGGGAGCUCCGACAGAUCUCUCGAGCUCUUCCUGAAGAUUGGAUUGGACGAACGAACCGCUCGCAACACUGUCGCCAACAACAAAGUCACCUCCAAUCUCACCGCCGUCAUCCACGAGGCUGCUGUUACGGAUGGAUGCGACCGAACUACUGGAAAUCUAUUAUACACGGUUGCCACAAAGUACCCUGCAAAUGCUCUUGUGCAUCGUCCGAAAUUGCUAGAGUAUGUUGUCUCCUCUAAGAUUAAGACCCCAGCCCAGUUGGAAGCUGCAUUUUCCUUUUUGGCAAACACCGGUCCUGAGGAAUUCAACCCUAAUGAAUUCGAGGAAGCAUGUGGUGUUGGGGUCGAAGUUUCACUGGCAGAUAUUGAGAAAACCGUAGGCGAAAUAUUUGAAGAGUCUAAGAAUACAAUACUGGAGUUGCGUUACCGAACUAAUGUGGGUGAGUUAUUUGGACAUGUCCGGAAAAGGCUUCCAUGGGCAGAUCCUAAAAUUGUGAAGAAAGUCAUAGACGAUAAAAUGCUUGAAUUGCUUGGUGAGAGAACUGCUGCUGAUAACGAGAAGCCUACAAAGAAGAAGGAGAAGAAGGAGAAGCCUGCCAAAUCUGAGGAAAAAAAGGCGGUUGUGGAAGCUGCUCCACAGCUAUCUGAGGAGGAGCUUAAUCCCUUUUCCAUAUUCCCCUCUCCAGAACAAAAUCUCAGGGUCCACACCGAAGUGUUUUUCAGUGAUGGUUCUAUACUCAGAUGUAGCAAUAUGAAGGAAAUUCUUGAGAAACAUUUGAAGUUGACCGGAGGAAAAGUAUAUACCCGGUUUCCCCCUGAACCAAAUGGUUAUCUACAUAUUGGACAUGCCAAGGCAAUGUUCGUUGAUUUUGGCCUUGCAAAGGAGCGAGACGGUCAUUGUUAUUUAAGGUAUGAUGACACUAACCCAGAGGCAGAAAAGAAAGAGUAUAUCAAUCACAUCGAAGAAAUUGUCGACUGGAUGGGUUGGAAACCAUUCAAGAUUACGUACACCAGUGAUUAUUUCCAAGAACUGUACGAUUUGGCAGUCGAGUUGGUAAAGAGAGGCCAUGCUUAUGUUGAUCACCAGACUCCCGAGGAGGUAAAAGAAUACAGAGAGAAAAAGAUGAACAGCCCAUGGAGGGACCGGCCUAUUGAAGAAUCAUUGAGACUUUUUGAGGAAAUGAGACGGGGAAUGAUCGAGGAAGGGAAGGCUACGUUGAGAAUGAAGCAAGAUAUGCAGAGUGAUAAUUAUAACAUGUACGACCUUAUCGCCUAUCGUAUUAAGUUUACACCUCAUCCACAUGCUGGUGAUAAAUGGUGCAUCUAUCCAAGUUAUGAUUAUGCCCAUUGCAUUGUGGAUUCCCUUGAGAAUGUAACACAUUCGCUUUGUACGCUCGAGUUUGAAACCCGACGUGCUUCUUACUACUGGUUAUUACAUGCACUGGGACUCUACAUGCCUUAUGUAUGGGAAUAUUCUCGGCUGAACAUCACCAACACUGUAAUGUCAAAGCGUAAGUUGAAUUAUAUUGUGACAAACAAAUAUGUUGAUGGAUGGGAUGACCCUCGUCUUAUGACACUUGCUGGUUUGAGGCGGAGGGGUGUGACUUCAACUGCUAUUAAUUCUUUUGUACGAGGCAUUGGAAUCACCCGAAGUGAUAAUAGCAUGAUACAUGUGAGCCGUCUUGAGCAUCAUAUCCGAGAAGAGUUGAACAAGACUGCUUCCCGUGCCAUGGUGGUACUUAAUCCUGUCAAGGUUGUCAUCACCAAUAUGGAAUCUGACAAGGUUAUGGAGCUCGAUGCAAAAAAAUGGCCCGAUGCUCAGAACGACGAUCCUUCUUCCUUCUACAAGGUUCCCUUUUCUAGAGUCGUAUACAUCGAGCGAACUGACUUCCGAUUGAAGGAUUCGAAAGAUUACUACGGGCUCGCCCCGGGUAAAUCAGUCAUACUCAGAUACGCUUUCCCCAUCAAAUGCACCAACGUUAUCCUCGAUGACAACGACAAUGAGACCGUUGUUGAGAUCCAUGCAGAAUAUGAUCCUGAGAAAAAGUCGAAGCCAAAGGGAGUUCUCCACUGGGUAGCCGAACCAUCCCCGGGAAAAGAGCCAUUGCGGGUGGAAGUCAGGCUGUUCGAUAAGCUGUUUAACUCCGAGAACCCAUCAGAGCUCGAGGAUUGGAUCUCAGAUCUAAACCCAAACUCGAAAGUGGUAAUGCCUCGUGCCUUUGCUGUUCCAUCUGUCGAAGAUGCUGCUCUCGGGGACAGAUUCCAGUUCGAGAGGCUCGGUUAUUUCGCGGUUGACAAGGAUUCUACCCGGGAAAAGCUCGUCUUCAACCGGACCGUCACCCUCAAAGACAGCUACGGCAAAGGUGGUGGCAAGUAAAAACACUUUUUUACAUGAAAACACCAACAUUUACCUAACCGGUAAAAAAAAAAUCCUUAAAUGGUUGUAACAGUGAAAACCCCAUAACACAAUAAGAAAACUAUGCUUUGUUUGCUUCAUUUUGUACAUCGUUCUGGGAAACUAUCAAGUUGUUGAAAGUCUUUGGUCAGUUUGGGACAGUAACUCGUUCAUUCA